AUGAUUUUCCAGUUCAAUGCGACUACUAGCACGAUCACAGAGCUGCAAUUCGACACGGUUGUGACUGCCGGCUACGAGACGAAACUAUGGCACAUACCGAGUGUGCAGCGCGGGGCGAGCAGCGACUAUGUCGGGUCAAAGCAGCACGUCACGCUCGGCCACCCCGACGCGCUGACUGUACUCAAAGCAGAAAUCACAGGCGUCAUGCCGGAGGAACGCAAGGGAGGCGCGGUCUACGGUGCCCACAGGGAGAUUGUCGGCUGGUGCAGCUUGGUGCUGACGGACCCGAAGAACCGCGACGGGGUGCUCAGCGUGCUCGUCGAUCCCAAGAGGAGGGAGUGUCUCCGGGACAUGCUCACCUUCUUGGUGCAGCAUGCCUUUAGAGAGCACGGCCUGCACCGUGUGUCGGCCACGCGUUACGAUGGCGACGACGGGGUAGCUGCGGUUUACAAGGACUGCGGGUUUACGGAGGAAGGGCGGAGGCGCAGGGCUAAUUGGGUCGACGGAGCGUGGCGGGACGAGAUUUUGUUGGGCGUUUUGGAGGAGGAGUGGGCAGGUCGAGAGCCCCAUGAGCAGCCCCAAUGA